AGUGUUUUCCUAGAUGUGAAGAGAUGUGAAACACCGUGGGAUCCUUUGGGAUAAAUAUUGCUGCACAGAUCCAGACAGUUGUUUUUAUAAAAAUAAUUUACAAACCAAAUAAUUAUUGUGAUUAAUGAAGAGGAAAUCUUAACACGUGCCUGGAUGCUGAAGUCCUGAACGGGUGAGAAUGCAGAGUAUAAAGUGUGUGGUGGUAGGAGAUGGUGCUGUGGGAAAGACCUGUCUCCUGAUCUCCUACACCACCAAUGCCUUUCCCAAAGAAUACAUCCCCACUGUCUUUGACAACUACAGCUCCCAGGUAACUGUGGAUGGCAGGACUAUUAGCCUAAAUCUGUGGGACACGGCAGGCCAGGAGGAGUACGACCGCCUGCGUACCCUCUCUUAUCCGCAGACCAACGUCUUUGUCAUCUGCUUCUCCAUCGCCAGCCCGCCCUCCUACGAGAAUGUCAAGCACAAGUGGCACCCAGAGGUCACCCACCACUGCCCCAAUGUGCCUAUCCUCCUGGUGGGCACCAAGAAGGACCUGCGUAAUGACGCCGAGGUCUUGAAGAAGCUCAAAGAGCAGAACCAAACCACCAUCACCCAGCAGCAGGGCUCCGCACUCGCUCGCCAGAUCCACGCCAUCAAGUACCUCGAGUGCUCAGCCCUCAACCAAGAAGGCAUUAAGGAGGUUUUUGCAGAGGCGGUACGGGCCUUCCUCAACCCCCAGCCUGCCUGCACUAAGAAACCCUGUGUGCUCUUGUAGACAGAAGGUGACCCAUCAUCAUAAUAAUAAAGAAAUAGAAUAAUAAUCUAGUAAUAUGAAAAAUACCAACGACUAUGAGAAGGUAGCGUUCACAGCUGAGAUUAUAUUUGGGCGAAAAUUGAGAACAUGAGAUUUCUGAUAUUUUCUCCGAGUGGAAGGCUUUACUUGGAACGAAAGCAACCUACAUGGUUUCAUCGUGACUUUGUGUUUGGAAGGGCGAAGGAAGUAAGAAGUCUCUGGCUGGAGUCCCAAAUGUAAUUCCAGCUUUGGAUGCUGCCCUACAGAGAAAUUAGAAGAGUCAGCAGUCAAUCCUUUUUCUUCCUUUAUAUCUGCAUCCCCUAUCAUCUUUCUAUUUUUUUUGCUUUUCUUUUUUUUUUCCAAAACACAUUCUUUCCUGUUGAGAAUAUAAAUGCAUCAUACCAUUCACAAACUGUAGUCAUUGUGGACAGGCUGUGGUCACUCAGAAUGGUAUGGAUGCUUUUCUUAACCCAAAAGUGCUACGUCCACUAUGAAGCUUCACAAAUUUAGUAAAACAUGCGUCAAAGUUUGAUGAUUGGAUAGUUCGCCCCUCUUCAUAGUUAUAGAUAACAUGAUCAUGUUUAAUCUGACAAUUUCAAGGAGUGGUAGCAACCACAUUAAAGGCUGCUACACAUGACCUUGGCAUGACUGUCAGCACUGCUGCCUCCCAGCUCCUGUGUCUUGCAUUACCGUACUGGGGUGCCUUUCCUCUGGAGUUUGCAUGUUCUUCCUGUGUUCACAAGGGUUUUCGCAAGGUGUGCUGGCUUCCUCCCAUCUCAUGAAGCUUACGAAGACGUGCCAGCCCUUUGUGCUCGUGUGUUUGUGCCCUGCGAUGUGGACUAAACAUCAACAUUGUCUUGCGCCGGACACUGUGCUUCUGGAAACACCUCUGCGUUGGGCAGUCCUGAACAAGAAUAAGCAGCUUUUUAACAACUGGUGGGAUAGAUGGAUACAUGUGAGCACCCAUGUAGAAAAAUGUUAAACAAAAUAUCCCUAACACCUAUCUUAAAAAUGGGAUUUAAUACAGGAUGAGUUUCUCCUUUUCCUCAGGGGCUUCCUUCCACACCUUCAGGAUAACGAUGAGUUAGUCUUCUCUCUUAAAGAGAUCCUUGUUAAUUUUCAACUGAUUACACUGACAGUUUCAUUCCAUAAUGAGUUAACACCUUGUCACAUGUCUAGGGCAAAAUGGGCCAUUCUUAUCAAGUUACAGUAGUGCAUGAUGGGGUUUAGAAGUCUUUCUUUCCUUUAUUUUACAAAGAUUACAGAGAUUUUAUAGUGCUUACAUCCAAAUGUAAAAACUCAAGUUCUGCAGUGAGUGACCUGUUACAUUUGGGCCUUUUGCAUUAUUCCUCCUAUGGACCUUGAAACAUGAAUAUGAAACACUCUAUGAAUAGCACAAGCAAGAUGGAAUGAGGAAAAAAACCUGAGAUAUAAUUAAUCAUAUGCAGGGUUUUGUGAUUUGAUCAGAUGGCAUAGACAUAGUAUAGGCCUCUCCUCAAAGUAAAGAGAAGCUUCCUGGACAGGCGUAUAUCAGCUUGUUCUCCUUUUUUUAUCUUUUUUUUUUAAAAGAGCAAUCUAAUCGCAAAAAGAAGACUGACCUUGAUCCCAGUUUUUCAUUAACAAUUCAAACCAGGCUUUAGCUGAAACAGAAAGGGAUCAAUACAACUGCCAUCUGCAAUGUCCUGCACUACUUAAGCACAUACAGUAGACAGAGGUGUGAGGAACACUGCCUUGUAGUGCGAACAAGAGAAAGGUCAGAGUUGAUAUCUGUAGUUAACAGCAAGCCCUGCAAAUGACGAAUUUCAGCAGCAGAGAUCUUAUCUGAAUUCUGAUUGGUGGGGAACACUGCCGGUGACUGCAACUAGUAACCGCAAGCCCAGUGGACAGAGAAAGCCUAUCACACUGGAGAUAAACUGGAGAUUUGUAUCUCCCUCUGCCUUCAAAGUGUUCACUUGUACCACUAGAUAUUUACUGUCCCUCCAGAGUUCUGGUUCUUUUGGUAUAUUUUUGACAAGGGUGUUUUCAUUUCAAAAUCCACCCUUUUUUCUUUUUAAAAUAAAGUUUAAAGAUACAGUAUGAAACUUGGUCAUUUUUAGCACUGGCUAAAGAGGUUGAAGCUGAAUGGUUUUUUUUUUCAGUCACAAAUUCUGUUUUUUCUUUUUUAAACCUGGUGCAGUGUCCCUUCGUGCCCAUUUGAAAACUGCCUUGUUUCUGCACUGCAGAAGGAAAGAAGCCUUUUUAAUUUUGUGUUACUGUUCUUUUGUACUAUGUUUAUGUAGUAAAAAGGUACCAUAUAGUAAUCAUGAAUAUCAAAAUAAUUGUAUGAAAGAUACAAGAUGUUUUAUAGAGAAUUUUGUUGUGCAUUUUUAUUUUUGGAAGUCUGUGAUAAGUGAAAUCAUUUUCCUGUUGUGGCAUUAGGCUCUCAGCAGUAUGCAGUCUCAGAUGUCUAUCUUCAGCCUCUUGGUACCCUUGUUGUGAAUAAUUUAAAAUUUGCAUCUGUUAAAAUAGAAUCACCUAAAAGAAAUGUCCCAUUUUCUAGUUAUUCGCAGUGAACUGAGAAAUUUCAUAGAAUAGAUAUUAACAUGUUAUCAUACAGUGGAGGAAAGUUCAGUCGUAACCUGAACCAGGAAUAUUUUUCUAUAGUACUUUGGACUAGAGGAUCAUUGAAUGUGGCUUCAGAUGUUUUCACACAGCUGCUACUAAUUAUGGAAGUUAGUGUGAAUCAACAAGGAAUCAAGCUUUUUUUCUUUAUGAACUGUAUCAAUAUUUAUCAUGAUAAGCAGGCAAACAGAUCCCGAUAGUAUACUAUAGGAAACGGGAAAGGUCCCAGUUACUGUUAUUGUCAUAUUUGUAAGUUUCAUCAAGUGAAAAACCUGAUCUUUUAUGAAAACAUCCAUUUAUGGUACUAGAAUGAAAAGGAACUAGAAAGAUUUUGUUUAAAUAGAUUUUACCAAUCUUUUCUGAUGCUUAGUUUCAAGUUCUUAGUUCUGAUUUAGGGUAGAGUUCAGCAACCACACAUUAAGACAGUUUGCCAAAUUACAUUAUUCUCAAAGACAAGUUUAUGCGCUGAAAAAUGUUGUUUUUAAAACUUUUGAAAAGCUUGAUUCACCAAGAGAAAAGUUAACUGCAUCAGCAACAAAUUGCAAAAUAGUAUAAUAAAAAAGCUUUCCACAUAAGACCUAAUAUGAUCUCACAAAGAAGAAGGGAAAUUAAUUGUUACACAAGAUUAUCUGAGUAAUGUACAAAAUGCUGGAGUUGAGUGUUCCUUAAUCACAUUUUGCUAAAGCUGCUUGUAUCAGUGGUUGAAGAUAUGUUUGAUGUAAAGAUGUUGAAGAUUCAGCUGACACUUAUUCACGUAUUUCAACAGAAAUGCGCCUUGCUAAAAUUUGUCCUUCUUGGUCCAGACAUUUGUACAGUAUUUUUCUGCAAAGGUUUCUGCAAUGAAUACCACUAGAAUUGUCCUUUGGCAUAAAAGUGAUCAUGGGGAAAAAACAGCCUUUUGAUUUAAGGUUUCAUCUUAGUCCAAUCAAUACAUUUGUUUAUUUUAAAUAUUGUUUUUAUGCUCCUUGCUUGAUUGUCCUUUUAUAAAAAAUGCUUAUCUUUAAUUUAUGGUUUAAUGUUGUCUAAUUAAAUAACACUUUUUUAAAAAAGUCACAAGUUUUACAGAACCUGUCAGGUUGUUCACAUAAACAUGUUAAUUGCUCUAUCUCAACUAAAAUUAAACCAAAGUAUAUAUCCAGAAUCCUGUUCAGUAUUUCAUUUGUUUUUUGCCAGCUCUCUGUAACUGCGUGGUUCAUGUGUGAUCGGAAAAGAUCUCCCCUUUGAGCUAGCUUGCUACGUUGACCUCAAGUCUGAAUUCCAAGUAUCCGUGUCUGCAGAUACUACAUGGAGAUACUCUGAUAAGGUCAGAGAGCAGAUGUUAAAAUUAAACACCAUUUUAUCAUUUUCACAUCACUUGUCAACAGGAGAAGUAUGUUUUUUUUUUCAGUUGCUUUAAUAAGGGAUAACAGUAAAAAAAAAACGUCUUAAUUAUGCUACGACUCAGUUGCAGCCUAUAAAAUGGUAAGGGUUUACCACAGCAAUAAAACUGAAUUAAAUCUUCUUCUAAUCCACUGUUUGCGGAAGCAGUCCCACCCUGUCAGUAUUCACCACUCUAGAAUCUUCUCUGGUGCUCAAUGUCACACUUCACUGACCAAGCACUCAUGCUAUAGGUGAAAGAGGAAACACCAUAACUGUUUCAAAUAAGAUACACAUUGGCUUAUUUUCAUAUUGCUGUCAUUAGUCAACUUGCCAAAUAAUAAAAAAAGAGAACUUGUGAACAUUAACUUCCUUCUGAAAACACAGAACUUGCUUAUAUUUUCGGCGAGCUUGGCAUUUUUGCUUUUCAAAUUUGUUCUAAAAGAUCUCUGCAGAAGGAUACAAGAUAAGGGAUUUCACUCUUGGAGCUGCAGAGGACAGGGCUGUUUCUCCACAGCCCGGGCCUAGAUUUUGGUCACUUCUCUUCCCUCCCUGCCAGGCACAAGUACUUCUGUUCCAGAGAGGCACACUCCUGAGAGUGAUCAUAUUUUGGCUGGGCACACUAUUCUGAAGUGUUUCUGAGAUCCUGUGAAAUUUUGUAGAGGUUCGUACGGCUCUGGGGUUCUGGGUCCUUGAGGUCUGGUGUUGUAAAAUUGUAUGUUACCUUGAUCAUAAAAAAGUGCCAUAGUUGUGAAAAUCAAAUAAAAACUUGUUUACAAAGUGGUGGGGUGUCUAUAAUAGAUUACCCUGGAACUUUUCAAAACCGAACACGCAUUCAAAGUCUGCAUCAUUCAAAAAGUGGCAGAAUUGGAUUCAUUAAGUUUAAACAAUCUGUAAACCAGCAAUUGAUUGAGAUGGAUCAAAUGGCCUCCUCGUUAGAUGCUUUCUUAUGUUUUUAGAUUUUAUUGUCUCAGAUCUAGCCACUCAAUGUCACAGGCUCCCAGUUAUAACACUCCUGCCUACUCUGUGACCCAGGACUGAAGACUUUAUGGAAGUCCCUUCCUUUACAGAGCCUGAGCUGAGGGCUGAUUCACCAUAAUCUCUCUACAAACUGGCCUGCUGCAAGUCCAGAGGUCAGUAAACUACUUACCAGUCAUUGACUUUCUACUAAUAACUAGAAAGCCAUGAAGGCCUGAAUGGUCUGUUCCUGUCUCUUUAUGAGACAAAAACAAGGAUUAGGUGUAUCUAUCUGUGUCUUCACAUCUUCUGUCCCAAUAUUUAAUCUCAGCUGCAAUCUCACAAUACUUUUCUGGAUGGGCUCUGUCUUUACCCAACAGGAUGCAUCAUUCCUCCUUAUUCCAAAUAGCACAUUUGCUGCCGUAACAUAGUCUUUUCCAAUUCUGAUUGGGAAGAAUACAGGUAGCAAAAAUUCCCCUCUGUGCUCUACAAGAGAUUUUGUAUAAGUCCUAUUUCUCUGUCUCACUCUGACCGUGACCAGUUUAGUAAAGAAAAAACCCCUGUGCCUGAUGUCUCAGUAUAUCCCAGUCACAGUGCCUGCCUUUUCUCAAAGGAAAAUGGAGGAGUUUUUAAUGGCUGAAAGAAUCUGGAUGUUGUGAGAUAACAUCAGCACAGAACUUCCAUUCCUGUCUGGUUUUCUUACAUCAAUUUAGAAGCUGUGUCCUCAGGGUCCAUGGAUAAGAGUUCAAUUCUGCUGGAGUUCAAUUCUUUUCCUAAGAUAAAGUACCAACAGAAUGCUAGGCCUUGUAGUGCAAAGAUUUUAAGAAGUCCUAAUCUGUCAGUUGCUUCCGUUUGUUCUAAAUGUAGAUCCCAGUGUGUUAAGAUUAUACAAUUGGUGUCGGAUCAAGAUGAUGAAGAUCACGCAGUCCUGGGACUUGCUUGAAAUGAGACUAAGAGAACAAACUGAAUCCUGUAUUUGAAUAUAACGGUGUUAUUUAAUAGAGGCUUUGAAUAAGAAGUGCAAUUAGACUCCACAUGGACCAAUCAAAGUCUUAAAAUUGAUGGAGAUGACCAAUUAUUUGGCAACAAAAAAGUCCAGCUUCCAACAAUUCCUCGAGCACCCUGGGCUGAUAUGACAAAAGUAGCUUGUGAUUCAGCUUUCCUUGGAAAACUGCUUUAUAGGCAGAAUCACUUCAAGGAUGGAGGGAAACAUGAGCAUACGCACACCAGCUUACUUGAUAAUGCUAGCAAGCAAUUUACAGACACCAUGUAACAAUUUGAACAAUGAAAAUACAUGGUUUUUCCUGCCUCCGUGCAGAACUCAGUGAAGCAAUUCCAGCCUAUCCAGCACCACACGUACUGUUGUGUUGAUGAAAGUAUUUCCCAUGGCAUUUACAAACUAUUCUCAUUUAACAGAUAGUGGACUUUGCAUUGAACAAGCUGAAGUAGUGUAUAUUAUACAGCACUGUUUCUGCAGUACUGUACUUUAAGUGUGUUUGUAAUGUUUCUGUGUGCUUGUAUUUACUCCCUGCUUUAAUAACAUUUUUAUACAGCAAACUCAAAAUAUAUACACAACACCCAAUAAACAUUUUUAUUUAAAAUGAGCUACUCUGAGAAACUUUGAUGAGACAAUCUGGCAGUUUUUGAAAAUCUGGCCACUCCUUUACUCCUAGGGUGCUGGAUAAUUGAUGAUCUACCACAACAGUUUACCUACCUUAUUGCAAAUAAGGGAACAAACAUCUUCCCUAUGGCACGGACUCUGUCAGCUUAUUGUACGGUCCUACCUAGGUGUAAGGACACACCAAACAUUUCAUAAUACCAAGCAAGAAAUUAUAAUACCACCCCUCCGUGUUUUCUAAACAAAAUUAUGGUGAUUGGUGUGUGUACUAAGCCAGUUACCCUGGAACAGAAAGCACAUUUAAAAUGAUAUGAUCUUUCUUAAUGUUACCCAGGGCUUGUUUGCAGCAUCCCCAAACCAGCUUGCAAACAGUUCCUCAGUUCUUGAACUGAGAAUUAGCAAGAUCGGCACCGGAAUUGACAAGCUGGUUGCACAGAGGUACUUAUUCAGUACAGGCUAGAGAGAUGGGUUAGAGCUGAGAUGUGGAGGAAGUGACAAAGUUCAAGGACAGAUGUACAGUGCAUGAAACAGAAAGUGGUGUGUACUAACCCACGGGUAGAACUGCAAAGGACAAGCACCUCACACCUCCUACAGUAUUCGUCUCCCUUAUUUGCCUGAGAAUCAUUUGACAGUAAAAUUAGGGAAGCAAACCUCAUGCCGCACAGCAAAUCCUGUAAAAGAGAUAACGUCCCUUUUACUAAUGAGGCAGGCCCCCACCUCUCCACUAUAAGAAUAAUUUGACAGUAAAAUAAGUUAUUAAUACCUCUGUGAGAUGGCACAAACUGUGGAAACAACAGAACCCUCUUUGUUUGUCUUCUUGCUUGGCUUCUUACAAAAAGUGAAACUUUGUUUUUCCCCAUUUUCAUUCACAUUGGAAACAAACUGUGAGUUUCUUGUGCUGUAAAUUUUUAACCAUCCAGUAUGCGUUGGGUGAGAGUCCACAAGAGACUACCUUGUUCAAAUUCAAAUCAUACAGUUCUACAAAAUGUUAAAAUACUGAAAUGUGAAAGGUACACCUUGCCGCAGGAAAAAAGGAGGCACAGCAACCAAUUUUUUAACCUCUCUGAAAAAACUGUUUUAAAGAUCCAUUAAAUGUAAAUGUGAUAACCCACAAUGCCAUUAUGUGUUCGCUUUUUAAUAAACAUGCAUGAUCACACGA